UAUAGAAUACCCUAUUCUAGAAUUUUUAAAAAAGAUAAUGUCUAGUUUAUUGUAAAGAUGACUGGAGGUUGAACUGUUGAAAUACUUAGCUGGGAAUUCUUUUGGUUCAUAUUUUAUAAAUUUUGAUUAACUGUAUUCAUUUCCAAGAAUAGUUUUUACUUUUUUUGUAUAUGACAAUUUUUUGGUGCCUUAAUUUACAUACAUUAGUAUUUUUUCUAUUUGAAGGUUGGUUUUUAAUUGACUUAAUCAACUAGGGAGCAGCUGGUGGAGCAGAAGCAAGACCAUUUGUUACCUACCAUAAUUCGCUAGGAAGGGAUCUUUAUUUGAGGAUAGCAACAGAGCUCCACUUGAAGAGGAUGCUGGUUGAAGUGCCUGGGGGCCAAGGGAAGCCAUCCAAAAUUGUUGACAAGGAUGAAGGUCUAGAAAAGUUUGAUGCUGCAAAAUUAAGAAAGCUAAGACCAAGUUUCAGGCAGAACGAGGGCUCUGUUACUGCUGGCAAUGCUUCAAUCAUAAGUGAUGGUGCAGCUGCAUUAGUCCUAGUGAGUGGAGAGAAGGCACUUCAACUUGGAUUACAAGUAAUUGCAAAGAUUAAGGGCUAUGCUCAUGCAGCUCAGGCACCUGAAUUCUUUACAACUGCUCCAGCCCUUGUGAUACCAAAAGCUAUUUCAAAUGCUGGUUUAGAUGCUUCUCAGAUUGAUAACUAUGAAAUAAAUGAAAGUGUUUUCUGUAAGAUUUUAGUACUUGUAAUCCAUAUACAUUGA